CAGCAUCCCAUGUCUUCAUAUAGCAGGUGUGAGCCCUCCAGCUUUCACAGUGUCAACAGAGAACAGUAACCACUMUUUGACGGCUUUGCACAAGUGAGUAAACAUCUUUCAGACCUGGAUCUGACUUCUUGUUCCAGCUGAGGGUACAAAAAGUACARCCAGCCAAUGGUUGCUUGUGAUGGCAGAGAAAAAGUAUUCAACGAGGCGUAUUUAUCCAUGAAACAUCUCACCAGAGCAUAAGGGCAUUAUAUUUAGCUCUUGAUACAUCGACUAAAAUCAUGAGGGUGUCCCUGGUAUUUCUUUUCAGUGCCAUUUUUCAAGGUCUCAAUGGACAGACCAGCCAAUCAACGCUAGAUUACAUAGCAGGGAAUCUUGGGAUACGUUAUGACGUCUUAGACAACCUUCAAGACACAUGGAAGACCUACGUCAUCAAGUUGUCGCUUAGCAACAACGGCCCACAGACGAUUAGCACCGGCAACUGGGCUUUGUUUUUCUGUCACAUACGUGUUGUUGAACCAGAAUUCACCAAGCACAAUCCAAAGGGAUAUGUACUUCCUGGCUAUGCACUCAGGGUUACGCACAUUAAUGGAUGCCAACAUAAACUAGAACCAACUGCCGAAUUCAAGCCAUUGAGCCCUGGAGAAACCAGAGCAAUCAAGAUGAAGUCAGAAUUCUGGGCGGUUGCUAAGACUGACGUCAUGCCAAAUUUCUACGUCGCUGCUGAUGGACUGAAGGCUCGCACAAUCACAAGCACUUCCGGUGAGAGCCUGGAUUUCGUGGGUGACUUCACAAAGCCACAACAAUGGAAACGAGCCACAGGAGACAAAUACGAUCCCUACACCCCACAGAAAAGAUUCUCAAUUAAUGAUAUUAAUGACUUAAAGCGACCUGGACUCUUAGUUGUACCGAGUCCAUCGGAAGUAAGUGGAUAUCAGGCAGGACGCCGSGUGAAUUUGAUGACCGGAGACUGGAGCAUUGUGGCCGAUAAGAGUCUGGAGCGGGAGAGAAGAUAUCUUGCAGACCAUCUUGGGAUGAAUUCGUACAACCACAAGUCUUUCCGUCAAAUCCACCUUAAAAUAGGCGAAGUACAAAUUGCUGGCAAGUCGUCAACGAACAAUGAAGCGUACAGCCUGGAUGUCAAUGUCGACAUGGAGAGAAUUUCAAUUACUGGCAAAUCUGCUAUUGCUGUUUUCUGGGGGGUGCAGUCGUUGCUUAGUAUUGGUUACACAGGAUUUGUUCCACAGGUAGAAAUCCGUGAUGCGCCUCGCUAUGCCUACAGAGGAAUGGAAAUUGACCUUGGCAGAAAUUUUAUGCCCAAAUCAGAGAUUUUGAAAAUGAUUGACGCAAUGGCGAUGUACAAGCUGAACAAGCUUCAUCUUCAUCUGACAGACGACGAGGGAUGGAGACUUGAGAUACCAGGACUGUCUGAACUCACAACGCUGGGUUCUAAGMGAUGCCACGACCCAAAGGAAACCGUUUGUAUCGACUCACAGCUCGGCUCGGGGCCUGGUACGGGUAACGCAGGGACUGGGUACUACACGGUCAAAGAGUACAAAGAAAUCCUGAGAUAUGCUAAUGAUCGUCAYGUGAUGAUUAUCCCAGAGUUUGACAUGCCUGGUCAUGGCCAUGCAGCUAUCAAAGCAAUGCAGUCUAGAUAUCGUAAGUUCAUGGCAAUGGGUGAUACGUACCAAGCCAAUAAAUACCUKUUAUCCGAUCCUCAAGACACUUCUAAAUACCUGUCAGUCCAGUUUUUCACSGACAAUGCAAUCAACCCCUGCCUGGAGUCUACGUACGAAUUCUUCGAGCACAUCGUCUUUCAAGUACGCGAUAUGCAUCUUGGGAUUCAACCUUUGGAAAUAUUCCAUUUUGGAGGGGACGAAGUGGCUCAUGGAGCUUGGACCAAGUCCCCCGCUUGCGCUAAACUAGCAGCUGAACUGGGAAUGAAUUUUACAAGCCCUAAUAUAGUGAAGGAUUUAAAGGAGUACUUUGUGCGUCGAGUGUCCGACAUAUCUCAUAAAUACUGCCUUGAUAUCGGUGCUUGGGAAGAUGGCGUUCUUGGGGUAAAGGACACGCCCUACGACAGGUCGUACCUCAAAAAUAAAAAAGUUUAUGCCUACGCUUGGGACAAUGUCUGGGAAUGGUUUCAGGGAGACCGUGCAUAUAAGUUGGCAAAUGCAGGCUACAAAGUUGUCAUGACCCAGGCCACUCAUUUGUACUUCGAUCACCCGUACGAACCUGACCCAGAAGAGCGUGGGUACUACUGGGCACCACGAUUCAUAGAUACUCGGAAAACAUUCGGGUUUAUGCCUGACGAUCUUUACGAAAAUGCCGACUUCACAAGGAUGGGAGAUCCUAUCAUAGAUCUUUGCAAUAACAUGUACAAAGGAAAAUGUGUUCCUCUGAAAAAGCCAGAAAAUGUGGCAGGUAUGGCUGGCGCUUUAUGGAGUGAAACAGUAAGAACUCCUUCCCAGCUCAAUUCCAUGAUAUUCCCUCGCAUGCUAGCUUUGGCCGAGAGGGCAUGGCACGUUGGUUGUUGGGAAAAUCAAAAGGACGAAGUCGAGAAGCAAAGACAUUUGAAAUUGGACUGGGAAAGCUUUGCCAACACACUCGGUUACAAAGAACUACGAAGACUUGAUGAUCUGAGCAUUGAUUAUCACAUCCCUGUUCCUGGGGCAAGGAUUGUUAGUGGAGUCCUGGAAACAAAUGUCGCCUUACCAGGCCUGGUUGUGCAGUUCAGUAAUGAUGAUGGUAAAACCUGGAGUGACGUUAAACCUGGUUUAAAGGUGACAGGAAAGGUCACUCUCAUUACAAGGUCAGCAGACAGACGUCGUCAAAGCAGGCGCAUUACCGUUCAAAACUAGCCURUGGAAAAGAAGAAUGAAAGAGAAUCACAGCUAAAGCUAGUAAAAUAUUCUCAAUAAAUAUUCAUUAACAUUC